UGGGUGGGAUUCACAUUGGCACUUCCUGUGGGAUAACCCUGCCCCCCCCCCACAUGGCAGAGAGGGAAGUUUUAGUGCACACGGAUCUGCUCCCUGGUCUCAGCUCCCCGGUCAGAGAUACUGCGGCGCCUGUUCUGCUGCCGAUAUGGACAAAAGGCGACUUACCAGUGAUACCCAGGAUUCCCGGCUGCUCAGUUUCCCAGUAGUUAGACUGGAAAGGAUAAAGAAUGAUUCUGGGAAAUAUCAGCCAAUAUCUGAAGAACUGCAGAAGAUGGAGCAAAGGAAAAUGAAUGGCCUUCCCCAGAAGAACAAGGAGGAGAGGAGGAGACUCAGUGCUGCUGGAUACAGACUGGUUCCAUAUGGAUCAGGAAUCACAGAGAUGAACAGGGAGAGGAGAGAAGGGCUUGGUGCAAGGAAGCAGACAGGAAGUGACACAAACAGGAAGUUCCCUACAUGCAAUGGCUUUGUUGCCAGAUCUGCCCACAGUAACCAACCUCCGGUGCUUCAGAAACCUCACGCCCAGGAGAUGAAUUCUGCCCCAAAAGCCCAACAGAACCAAAUGCCCCAACUUUGCACAGUAACUGGGGGGAAGCUGAUUGUAACCCCCAAAUUAACAAAACACACACAGCCUGAUGCUGAGGAAAAGCUACAUGGAAGUCAGAAAAAGAUAAACAUUAUUUCAGGGAAAAACCUAAAGCCAGGAAAGGCCCAAAGCACAAAGCAAACUGUGUUCCCUAAACCAUUUGGGGUUAUAAAUCCGUUUGUCUGUGUUAAGUGCAAGAGAAGGUUCGGCAGCAAUGGGAACCUCCUCAUCCAUCAGCUCAUUCACACAGAGAGACCGUUCUCUUGCACUGAUUGUGGGAAAUGUUUCUCCCACAGAACCAUCCUCCGAGAGCACCGCCGGGCUCAUAUGGGAAAGGGGCCCUUCCCCCACAGCACUGGGGGCAAUAAAAUCCCAUCAGGUAAGGGCAACUUUCAGAGGCACCAAGGGGCGAGUGCUAAAGGGAAACCACUUACCUGCACUGAGUGUGGGAAAUCAUUUAAAGAUAAAUCUAAUUUGCUCAUACAUGAACGCACACACACCGGGGAGAAACCUUAUGUUUGUACCCAAUGUGGUAAAGGCUAUUCCCGGAAGGGGAGUCUUAAUGCACAUUUACGUAUUCAUUCCACAGAGAAACCAUUUAGCUGCAUUGAGUGUGGGAAAUGUUUCCAUGAGAAGCGGGAUCUCAAAUCUCAUGAGAAGACUCACACUGGGGUUAAAGAUUUUGUCUGUACAGAGUGUGGGAAACCGUUUGCUCACAAAAAGCACCUCCGCCAACACCAGCUGAUUCACACCGGUGAGAAACCAUUUGUCUGCAGUGAGUGUGGGAAAAGCUACAGGCAGAAGAAGAGCCUAAAUAUUCAUCUGCGAGUUCACACAGGAGAGAAACCCUUUGCCUGCACGGAGUGCAAUAAAACCUUCCGAUCAGAGAGAGGGUUCCAGAUCCACAAACAGCUUCAUGCUGGUCUGAAGCCUUUUCAGUGCAAUGAGUGUGGUCAGUCCUUCAUAACAAGGGGGGAUCUUACAGUUCAUCAGCGGAAACAUACAGGGGAGAAACCUUUCACCUGUGCCGAAUGUGGGAAAAGCUUCGCAAUACAAGGAUCCUUAGAUAAACACAGUGACACUCACGCUGGCAAGAAGCCAUACGCCUGUACAGAGUGUGGGAAAUGUUUUGCUCAGAAGCAAAGACUAAAAUACCACCAAUAUAUCCAUACUGGGGAGAAACCAUUUCAGUGUAAGGAGUGUGGGGAAAGCUUUGCAUCUCAUUCAAGGCUUAGUAGUCAUCAGAAGAUUCACACAGGGGGAAAACCCUUUCAGUGCACAGAAUGUGGCAAGUGUUUUGAUUAUACAUGGAAUCUUAAAGCUCACCAGCGGAUUCACACUGGGAUUAAAGCUUUUGGAUGCACCGAGUGUGGGAAACAUUUCUAUGACAAUAAAAGCCUCCGGCGGCACCUGAUGGUUCACACCGGUGAGAAGCCGUUUGUCUGUACUGAGUGUGGGAAACGCUACAGGGACAAGUGCAGCCUAAAUAAUCAUAUGAAUUCUCACACAGGAGAGAAACCUUCAGCCUCUAGAGAUCAUGGCAAAUGAAUCAGACACGCGUUUCACACAAAUAUAAAGACUAUUAAGUGCACCGUGCAUGGAAAUGGUUUCACAACAAAUACAGAACCCCAGGUUCCUGGGAGAACUUGCACUAAAGAGAAGGGCUUUUAUACAGGGGGGUCACUUGAGGGAGCCAGGUCCCCCCUGCCUAAAAAUUCCUUCUUCCCAGAAGCAGAAGAAUUCUUAUAUGAAAGUGAGUGUAGGACCAGUCAGGCUGGGGGUGAGUGAGUGUAGGACAGGCAAGACUGGGGGUGAGUGAGGUA